AUGGCAUCCAAGUUUGAUUCUGCUGUCACAAGCCCUAAUUCCCUGAUUUCCACAAUGCUGGUGCUUGGGCUGCUAAUGGCUUCCCUAGGCACAACAGGUGCCCAAAGUGGUGUUUGUUAUGGAAGGCUUGGAGAUAACCUACCGCAGCCAACAGAAGUUGUAGCUAUCUUAAACCGAAACAACAUCCGAAGAAUGAGAAUCUAUGAUCCAGACCACUCUUUUCUCGCAGCACUUGGAGGCUCCAAUAUUGAACUCAUUCUAGGUGUUCCAAAUGGGGAUCUCGAAAGCAUUGCUUCAAGCCAAGCCAAUGCAAACACUUGGGUCCAAAACAACGUGCUAAACUUCGGUAAUGUCAGAUUCAAGUACAUUGCAGUUGGAAACGAAAUAAAGACAACAGAUACAUCUGCACAAAUCCUUGUCCCCGCCAUGCAAAACAUUCAGAACGCAAUAUCUGCGGCUGGCCUCGGGAACCAGAUCAAAGUUUCCACUGCCAUUAUGACUGGAGUCCUUGGAGAGUCCUACCCUCCGUCAGUGGGCUCCUUCAGGGCCGAUUACCGGCCACUUCUCGAUCCCGUCAUUAGCUUCUUGGUCAACAACCGGUCUCCAUUACUCGUUAACUUGUACACGUAUUUCAGUUACAUUGGAGACGCGAAAGAUAUUACUCUUGACUAUGCUCUUUUCACGUCUCCUUCAUCUGUAGUGAGCGAUCCUCCGCUCAGUUACCAGAAUCUUUUUGAUGCCAGUUUAGAUGCAGUUUACUGGGCAUUGGAGAGGGCCGGCGGGGGGUCUUUGGACAUCGUUGUAUCGGAGACUGGUUGGCCUUCAGCUGGAGGGACAGCUACAACACUUGAAAACGAAAGAACUUAUGUCACGAAUUUGGUUCAGCAUGUGCAGGGAGGGACUCCGAAGAGGCCUGGAAAGCCUAUAGAAACUUACGUGUUUGGCAUGUUUGACGAGAACCAGAAAUAUCCCGAGUAUGAGAAAUUUUGGGGCCUCUUUCUCCCAAAUGGACAGCCCAAGUUCCCAGUUAAUUUCAAUUAA